AUGUCGAGGCUACGCAUGUUCGCGGGGGUGGGGAGGGGGCUGGAGGGGCUGCUGCUGGAGGAGCUGAGAGUCAUCUCCCCGUCCGUCAAGUGGUCGAGGAUGAAAGGCGGGUGCGAGGGCUUCGCCCCCAUGGAGGACUUGUGGAGGGUCUGUCUGAGGACGAGGCUGGCUGAGCUCCUCCGUGUGAGGAUCGGGGAGUUCUAUGGCCCCAGCUUUCCAGUCUUGAUCGAGGGAUUGAGGAAGUUGCCCUGGGCAGCAUAUCUGCAUAGGCAAUCCCCGUGUCCUUCCAUCAAGACAGUGUGCCACAGGAGCAAGCUGUAUCAUACAGAAGCUGUGAACGAGCGCGUGAGGCAUGUCCUGAAGGAGAGGCAAGUCGCUCUGAGUGAUGAUGCCUUCAACGAAAUGCCCGACCAGGAUUUUGAUCCAAACGCCACUGUGCACCUGCUGAUCGAUGACAAUAUCGUAACUGUCAGUGUCGACGCGUCCGGCCCACAGUUGCACAAGAGAGGAUACCGGCGAGCAGGAACUCUCGUCCUCCUCGCUGACGUUGACGAUGAUGGCAGGCUGGAUGUCGGCAGGGCGCCGCUGCGAGAGACGCUGGCGGCGGCAUGCAUAUCAGCAGUGAACAAAGAUAUCGAGGAGAUGGAUCAGAGCAAGGAUCAUUUCCUCAAGAGGAGGCGGCUCUGGGAUCCUCUAUGUGGGUCCGGAACGCUUGUCAUUGAAGCUGUUUCCUCCUACCUGGGCAAGUCAGCGGUUGUCAAACGCAAGUUCGCGUUCGAGGACUGGCCGAUACAUAACCAAGGGGAGUUCGAGAAGUUUGUCAAGGCGCAGGAGGAGCAGGAUCGUGCGAGCCUAAUCACAGUGGAGACCCUGGCGGUCGGCAGCGAUAUCAGCAAGGAUGCGAUCCAAAUGGCGAAGAGGAACGCGGAGAGGAGCUUGACUCAAGAAUACUGCUCAUUCAAGCAGGGAACCGUCGUAGAUACAGCGAAUAACAUAGAGGAGGGAGCGGUACUGCUCACAAACUUGCCCUAUGGCGUCCGGCUGCAUGGUUUUUACGACGCGUGGAGGAGCAUCAUUAGAGUCCUCACUCGCAGGGAGGACAUCUUACCCUACGUCAUCUCCAGCUCACGACAGGACAUUCCGCUACCGCAGGGAUGGAGAACCGAAGAGAUUUUGUCCUUCUCCAACCGGGGGAUACCAGUGCAACUGAACAGGAUUGUAAGGGGGAAUGCUAGCAAGGAGAAGCAGGAGGAGCAAACAGAAUGA